GUUCAUUUAAAAAUAAAGUUAUGUAAAUAAUUGCUGUUUAUCAGCUUUAUUAUGUGAAAGACAAGAUAAUAAAAACUUAAAACAUCUUUUCUGUGUUAUAUUUGUGUUGUGCCUCCGUGCUUAUCUCUGUUAAACAUGGUUAAUUUUACAUUUAGGGGCCUUAUGGCACCAACUCUCACUGCUUUUAAAAAUGACUGGACAGUGGAUUUAAGUGUUAUUCAAGAUUAUGCAAAAUUUCUUGCUGAUUCAAAAAUUAUGGGUGUUUUAGUAAAUGGGACAAGCGGCGAGGGGAUGUCUUUGAACGUACGAGAAAGAAAGCAAGUGGCUGAAGAAUGGGUCAAAGCAGUGAAAAAAACAAACCAGCAUUUGAUGGUACAAGUGGGCGGAGCACCCUUGCCUGAUGUUCUGGAACUUGCAAAACAUGCCGAAUCAAUUGGAGUGCAUUCCCUCCUUUGCUUACCCGACCUUUACAACAAACCCGCAAAUUCAGCUGAUUUGAUCAGGUACUUGAAAACUGUGGGGGCUGCCGCUCCGAACACCCCCCUUUUGUAUUACCACAUACCGAGUUAUACCAACGUCAAUAUCCAUAUGGGACAAUUUUUGAACGAUUCCGUCGGUAAAAUCCCGACUUUCCACGGAAUUAAAUUCACUUCGACCGCCUUAGACGAGGGUGUGGCUGCCGUUGAAGCCAAUGGGGGCAAAUACGCGGUGUUUUUAGGGGCUGAUCAGUUAAUGGCAGGGGCUUUCACUUUGGGUUUUGACUCCGCAAUUGCAACAAGUCUAAAUAUGUUUCCCCAAUUGGGAGUGAAAAUCCUGGACGCGGUCAAACAAUCGAAACUAAAUAGCGCAAGAGAGACGCAACAACUUUUAACUAAAGUUUGCUCCGUCGUUACCAAGCAUGGGCCUUGGGUGCCCACCAUGAAAGUCGCCAUGGACCUAUUUACACCCAUUAAAGUGGGCAAAGCACGAGAACCAUUGACCAAUAUCACCCCAGAACAAGUGAAGGAAAUGGGGGCCACAAUGAAAACAAUCAAUUAUUGUUAAUUGUAAAGGGGGUCUCAAUAAAAACGCGUCAAGAGUGCUUUGAAAAUUUUAAUAACACUUGUGUCCAUCAUUCAUUGUUACAGAAAUCUAUUAUCUAAUCACUUGAAAUUCUCACAGCACUCUUGACCAUGUUUUUGUUUAGGACCCCGAUAUUUUAUUAAAAAGUGUUACAAAUAAAAUAUAUAAAUAUGGAUAAAAA